AUGGAUCCCAGUAACCACACCAGAGUGACCGAGUUCAUCAUGCUGGGCCUCUUUGACCAUCCUCACCCCCAGGGCUUGUUUUAUGUGCUAUUCCUAUACAUUUAUAGUUUCAUCAUGGGCAAUUCCCUGAUUAUUGUGGCUAUUGUCCUCCACCCACCUCUCCACACCCCCAUGUACUUCCUCAUUGCCAAUUUGGCCAUAGUCGACAUUCUGUGCACUUCCUCAGUUCUGCCCAAAAUGCUGGAAAACCUGAUGCAAGAGAUGAAAAACAUCUCCUUUGAUGGCUGCAUGACCCAGCUCUUUUUCUUCACUUUCACAGCUGGGACAGAGCUUAUGCUCCUCACUAUCGUGUCAUAUGACCGGUAUGUAGCCAUCUGCCACCCCUUGUGCUAUGUCAACUUGAUGAACUGGAGAAUUAGUAUCAGUUUAGCAGCUGGUGUCUGGGGUGUGGGUUUUUUCAAUUCAUUGGUGAACACAUUGCUCGUGCUGCGCUUAGAUUUUUGUGGACCCAACCUCAUCCAGCACUUUUUUUGUGAAUUCCCAAACACACUGGCACUUUCCUGCAGCUCCACCUACCUCAACGAAAUUAUGGUCUACAUGGCAGACAUUUGCCUGGUCAAGGGGAACUUCCUGCUGACCCUCAUGUCCUACAGCUUCAUCAUUAUCACCAUCCUGAAAAUCAGGGACUCCAAAGGGAAGCAGAAAGCCUUCUCCACCUGUUCCUCCCACCUGCUUGUGGUCACCUUGUACUACUCCUCUAUAUUUUACACCUACAUCCGGCCAACCACCAGUAACACUCUGGAUAACAACAGGAUGGCAACCAUAAUGUAUACGCUAGUGACUCCCACUCUGAACCCUCUCAUCUACAGUUUGCGCAAUAAGGAGGUCAAAGUGGCUGUCCUGAAAAUAUUUUCUUUCACCACAAAAUAG